CGUCGCUGGUGGAUGAUGCGGUUUGUUGGGGCCUGCUCUGUCUUUGUGUUUAUGUUCACUUCUCCGCGGUCGUUUCGUCUAAAAAUCCCCCGCCUGCUCUUUGAUAUGGACUGGCAAGCAUCCUGAAAAAUAUUCUGCUGAGCACAAAGGGGCAAAAAAAAUGAACAAAGGGUGGCUGGAACUGGAGAGUGAUCCAGGACUCUUCACUCUGCUGGUGGAAGAUUUUGGUGUCAAAGGUGUCCAAGUCGAGGAAAUUUAUGAUCUUCAGAGCAAGUGUCAAAGUCCCGUGUAUGGCUUCAUUUUCCUGUUCAAGUGGAUUGAAGAGCGUAGGUCCAGGAGGAAAGUCAAUACCUUGGUGGAUGAGACCUCUGUCAUUGAUGAAGAAAUUGUAAAUGACAUGUUUUUUGCUCACCAGCUCAUACCUAACUCAUGUGCCACCCAUGCUUUGCUCAGUGUCCUUCUGAACUGCGGCGGAGUUGAGCUUGGAAUCACCCUAAGUCGCAUUAAAGCUUUUACAAAAGGUUUUAGCCCAGAAAGCAAAGGUUAUGCAAUUGGAAAUGCCCCAGAGCUUGCCAGAGCACAUAACAGCCAUGCUAGACCGGAGCCCAGACACCUACCAGAGAAACAGAAUGGCAUAAGUGCGGUACGGACAAUGGAAGCUUUCCACUUUGUGAGCUAUGUGCCCAUCAAAGACCGCCUCUUUGAGCUUGAUGGACUCAAGGCUUACCCCAUUGACCACGGGCCCUGGGGUGAGGAUGAGGAGUGGACUGAUAAGGCUCGGCGGGUUAUUAUGGAGAGGAUUGGACUGGCCACUGCUGGUGAGCCGUACCAUGACAUCCGUUUCAACCUGAUGGCAGUGGUGCCUGACCGUAGGAUGAAGUACGAGUCCAAACUGGAAAUUCUAAAGAGGAAUCGACAGACUGUUCUCGAGGGUCUACAGAAGAUGAUCCGACUCACUCAGCCGGAACUUGUUCACGAUAAGAAGCAGCAGGACUCUUCCUCCCCGGAUGAAAACACCACCGCCAUCAAAAAGGAAGCAGAUUCAGGGCCAGGUACUUCUCAAGGGGCUUCCACAGAUUCGGUGGAUGAUUCAGGGGCUCAGUCCAAGGAGACUUCCAGCCCCUCAGGAAACCCUAAAGCCAUGGGCAAACCACCGGCGCCCACUGCAGGAGGUUCCCAGCAAGGGACCAAUCCCAACCCCAUUCAACGCCUGCCUGCUUUCCUCGACAACCACAACUACGCCAAAUCUCCAAUGCAGGAGGAGGAAGAUCUUGCAGCUGGUGUUGGUCGCUCCCGGAUAUCAGGUGCUCCACAGGCCCAAUAUUCAGAUGAUGAAGAUGACUAUGAUGAGGAAGAAGAGGAAGAAGUGAGUGGUUCUGCAAGCACAUCCAGCAGAUUUCGACGCAAGGCAAGUCUGCGCUCAAGAGCAGGUCGGAUUGGGACUGGAAUGGAGAGCCAGAUUGCCCUCAAUGUUUUGGCCGAGAAACUGAAGAAGGAGGCUCAAAGAAAAGACGCUCUGAAUACCCCUCUGUCUGUGCGCACCGAAGGUCGCACCGGUGGUAUUUGUAUCACAUCUGCUUCACAGCCGUCCCCGACGCCCAGCAACGAAAGCACAGACACAGCCUCCGAGAUCGGCAGCGCUUUCAACUCCCCCCUGCGUUCACCAGCACGCUCACAGGCUGCCACGCGCCCGUCCAGUCCCGUUGCAUCCCAUCUGUCCCGUGUGUUGUUUGGAGAAGAUGAGAUGUUGAGGCCAGACUCCAGACAUAACCGGGCGGUGAGAGAACUCGGCCCGUCUGUCAGUGUAGCGCUGCUGCACCUACAGGAGGAUGGAGUCAUCUAUGCUCUACCUUCAUCUGCAGAUUUGGCUGCUGACAGCACAAAGCGACCUUGCACACCUGAAAAAGUAAAAGUUAAGAAAGAAGCUGAUGAAAAAGAUGGCAUAAAAGAGGGAGAUGAAGGAUCAUCCUCAGAGGUGAAGAAAGAAGAUGAGAACAAAUCUAGACGAGAGGCGAAGCCUGGCAAAGAAAAACAAGAAUCUGGAGUGGACAGCAAGCCCCAUGGGGAUAAGUACUCACCGAAAGAGCUGCUCGCUCUGCUCAAGUGUGUAGAGGCCGACAUCGCAAAUUAUGAGGUGUAUCUCAAAGAGGAAGUAGAAAAGAGAAAGAAAUACAAAAUUGACGAUCAGAGGAGGACCCACAAUUAUGAUGAGUUUAUCUGCACGUUUAUAUCAAUGCUGGCCCAAGAAGGCAUGUUGGCCAGCCUUGUGGAACAAAACAUUUCUGUGCGUCGUCGACAAGGAGUGAGUAUUGGCCGCUUGCACAAACAGAGGAAGCCUGAUCGAAGGAAACGCUCCCGACCUUACAAAGCCAAACGCCAGUAAUUACAAACAAUCAUCCUGUCUGCGAGUAAUCUGUGAGCACCAAGCAAUCACUGCAGAAAAAAAGGAAUUGCACUCCUGAAACUCAUUCCUAGAGGCAGUGUAGUGUUUUGAUUUUAGUCAGAGCCUCUCCUGCUUCAUGAAGUGGACCAUGUAUUUGGCCUUUUAUUGUUUUAAUCUUGGUGUAAAUCUUCCUUUUGUGCCAUUGAUACAGGUUGUAAAUAUGAAAAAGGCAUGUCUGUUGAUACACGUGAAACCUUUUUAAUGAAAGGUCGUCUACAGUUUAGUCAUCUGAAAAAUAGUUUCCCAAAUAUGGACUUAUUUAAAAUGUUUCAAUUCCCUGAGUAAGCACUCUCAAGUCAGUAUUUCUUUAGUGCCUAGGUUACAUUGAAUGUUUUGAAAAAUACUGUUUUUUUUAUUUACCUGCAGAUUUUCAACUUCAGCAUAUUUGGGCAGGUUAUACCAUAUAAAUAUGGCCUUUUAAUUUCAUGAUGCUGUAUAAGGACAAUUUUAUUCCCGACAAAUCAAGCUGCGUCAUUGAACAACUUUUCAACGAAAGCUCUCUGCGUGUGUGCGCGUGUGCGUGUGUCUGUUGAGGUGUUGUGAAUGUAAAAACAAGCAUUUGUGUUAUAUUUGUACCUGGUAUGGAUCAUUGAGUGAGUUAAUAUUGAGCUGUAUGUUUGCAGCUGCGUGUCUUUGUAUAUAUUUUGCUGUUUUUUGGCUCACCUGUACACUGAGUUCAGUUGUUCGCUGUGCUUGCCAAUUCAUUCUGAAAUAAAUUUGUGAAAAU